AUAUCUAACCCAGCAGUAGAUUACAACGAAUAAUAAACUAGUAUGCCUCCUAGUAAUUAAACGAUGCAAUCAUAAAAAUAGGUACAACAAAACAUCCAAUACGCAAAUCAUAAAUUGAACAAUAAAAAUAAAUUAGAUCUCACAGUUUUAUUGAUUCUGAAGCUUCCGUUUCCUUAGAUCAAGUAUUAUAGUUUAGCCACACAUGGUCUUCAUGAAAACUAGAAGAAAGAGUUAGAGAAGAAGGGGUAUAACAACCUCUAUAUUAUGUUGAUUUUUCUUUCUUUCUCUCUCCUUAAAUAAAUAUAGAAAACAUAUCACACUCUCAAAACGUGUACAACUCAAACCCCCACAUUAUAGGUAUUCCUUAUCAAAAAUUUUUGACAGAAAUCGUACUGGAACUUGUGAUAUGUUUUUCUAUUAGAUAACGACUGAAUCUUGAUUUGGGCUCUUCAUAAAAGUUGUAGCCCUGAAUGAGUAGAUAAAUUUAGGCUUUUGAAUCACCUGAUUUGGAUUUCGUAAACUCAAGUUAUGACCCACCGAAGUUUACUAGUUCGGAAAGGAAUCCAACUCCAAUCAAGAAGAAUACUUUCUCAGUCUGAAACUCUAACGCUAUCCAAACCUCAAUUGAAACUCCAUAGAUCAAACUGCCUAAAAAUUAGAAAUUGCACAAUAAUACUCCAUAUUUAUUCUUUUGCCUUCAACACUUCCCUCGAUGCGGUCAAUAUCUCUUAAAACUCAAAACAUGAAAGUUGUAGAGAUUUUCUUUGGCAUUCCAUAGUAUCUUGAAUCAUCUCAAUCGGAGCUCGGAUGAGAGAGUUAUGCCCAGAUUAUGAAGCAAUGUUGAAACUCCACAAUCGUCCAAUUAGUUUUAUUUUACAUUUAACGUCUCCAUUUGCGUCUUAAAUCAAAAUAUAAGAAUGAUGAGUAUAUUUAGGUUCCAAAUAAGUACAAAAAGUCUAAAUAUUAAAAUUGAAAAAUAUGACAUUUUGCUGUUCAAUCCAAGUUGGGGAAAUUGGUCCAAUCUGAUUUGUUGAGUGAAUGGUAUUCUGACGAGCAUGUUGUUUGCAUUUUUUUUUUGGUUGGGUAUAGUGGGGGACAAUCAUGAAUUAUUGUUCCUCCAGAUGCCGUCUGGACUGUGGAGAGUGAGGGGAAUGUUAUAUUUGGUGAUUCGAGUAACAGAUAUGCAUGCUUAACUUGCUAGUUUCUGUCAUUAAUCGGCUUCAGUUUUUUUAAUUAUUUUGGAUCAGUUUUCAAAGCAAUCUACCAUCCAUGGAUGUCAUUGGUUUACCAAUGCUACUUUUUAAGACUUGUCAUUAGUCUACUUAACUGGGUAUGAAACUGAAGUUGCAAAAGUUUUGUAUCCUUAUCCAAUUGAUAUAUUGUUGCUCUUUUAGGUUUCGGUUUGUUUCCUCUAUUGAUUUCCUUGGUCAAUCAACUUCUUAGGGAUACUGCACUGACAAUACAAGUGUACUUGCUUUUGAUGUCUUUUACUUGGAUCUUGAGGGAAUUAACAUGAAAUCCGAGUUGUCAGUUCUAUGCUGCAAAUCUCUCUCUGUGUCUGUGUGAACAAAGUGCUCUAAAAGAUUGUUGAUGCAUCAAUUGCGUCAGGUCUAAAAUCCUUGAAUUCAAUCCACAGAUCUGCUUUUUGGCAUAAGAAAAGAAUCAGCAACUGGAAGGCUACCAUUAAAUGUUGCGCAGGGGAUGGAGGAGUUGUACCAGAAUUAUCGUAAUGCAGUUUUUCAGAGCAAAAAUCCUCAGGCCGAAGAGAUUGUUUUAUCUAACAUGGCUGUUGCACUUGACCGUAUCUUCAUGGAUGUGAAGGCCAUUCGAAAUCCUUUCGAUUACUACAUGUUUGUCCAGAGCUAUAUCCAUCCUUUGAUAGAUUUCAGGAGUUCAUAUGUUGGCAACAUCUCCCUUUUCCGUGAAAUGGAAGAGAAGCUUCAGCAGGGUGACAAUGUCAUUUUGUUCUCCAAUCAUCAAACUGAAGCAGAUCCAGCUGUUAUUGCAUUGCUGCUUGAAGCAAAAAAUCCACACAUUGCUGAGAACAUGAUCUAUGUGGCUGGAGAUAGAAUUAUAACAGAUCCUCUUUGCAAGCCUUUCAGCAUGGGACGGAAUCUCUUAUGCGUUUAUUCAAAAAAUCACAUGUAUGAUGUUCCGGAGCUUGCUGAGAUGAAAAAAAGGGCAAAUAUGAGAAGUUUAAAGGAGAUGGUUAUGCUUUUGAGGGGUGGAUCGAAAAUAAUAUGGAUUGCACCAAGUGGUGGAAGGGAUCGCCCAGACACCGUCACAAAGGAUUUGUAUCCGGCACCCUUUGAUGCUUCUUCAUUGGACAACAUGAGAAGGAUUAUGGAAAAUGCUGGUGUACCUGGUCAUAUAUAUCCUUUAGCAAUAUUGUGCUAUGACAUUAUGCCCCCUCCACCCCAGGUUGAGAAAGAAAUUGGAGAAAAAAGACUGAUCUCCUUUCAUGGGGUUGGAUUAUCAGUGGCACAGAAAAUCAGUUUCCAUGAAAUUGCUGCUGCUUGUGGAGAUGCUGAAGAG